AUGGCAGUUAAGUGCAGUGCGUGCGGUAAAUACAUGUCUUCGCAAGAUGGCGCUAAUGUUACUUGUACAAAGUGCAAUAAACAGCUACAUCGUGCGUGUGUAGGCAUCCCAGUGGGCGCUUUACUAAUGCCAUCCUGGGCUUGCCCUGAAUGCAAAUUGAAAGAAAAACGUUGCAACAAGGACACAACGCCGAUAAAACCCGCAACAAUUACUGUUGCUAAUUCGAGUGAGGUUUCAAACCUCGGCGAGGAAUUGCGAUGUUUCCGAGAAGAAAUGCGACAAACCCGCGAAGAAUUUCGGACAUUCAGAGAAGAACUUCAGGACAUAAGAAACCUUGUCAGCAAAUGCGAUGCUCGUUUAGAUAAGCUCGAGAACACGGUCCAAACUAUCCUGGAAUCACAAGAGCAAUAUGGCUCUCAAGGAUUCAAAAUUGAAAUCCUAAAACUCGAGUCGACCGUCAAUCAGCUGCAAGCCGACUUAAACGAUAGGGAUCAGGAGUUGCUUGCAAAUGACGUCGAAUUAAGUGGCAUUCCAGAGGAGAGUGGGGAGAACCCAACACACUUGGUUCUAUCAGUUGUGACCAAGCUUGGUGUUCAUUUGGAGGAAAAGGAACUGGUCCAUUUCUCUACAUCACCGGGACCGUGGUAUGAGAAUCUACCGGCGGUGACCAUGGAUUAUAAAGUUCAUAUAGAUGCCGGAAAAGAAGAUUGUUACUUUCAAUAUGUACAACCGGGUGCCACAUUUUACGCUAGCUACCAGGUUUUAAAAGGCGGUGAUGGUAUGUGUGGUUUUGCCGUCCGUCAUCCUAAUGGGAAAAUAGUGCAUCCGUAUGAGUGGCGCCAGAGCGCCGAGUAUGCGGAUCAGACCAGUUCAGGGGGCUACUAUGCAGUUUGCAUAGAUAACCAAUUCUCUAGAUUUGCUGGAAAACUGGUGAAUUUGUACUUAUCAGUGAUAAGAUAUGACAUGUGGGAGAAAUAUGCUAAGGAAGUGGAAGAGCUUGAUAUGAAUAUUAAAAAUUUUACACAUUCCAUACAAUUUGUGGAAAGAAAUAUCAAUGAUAUCCUGCAGUAUCAAUAUCAUUCCAGAGCAAGGGAGUCUCGUGACUACAACUUGUUGCAGGAUAAUAAUGCUUAUGUACUUAGAUGGUCAUUUAUACAAAUCCUAGCUAUAGCUGCAACGGGCACUUUACAAGUGUAUUUUGUACGAAAACUUUUUGAAGUUAAGGAUAACUCAUCCAAAACAAGAAUUUGA